AUGUUUAAAUUAUCAAUAAAUAGAGCUACAAGAUUAGCUAUAAGAUCUUAUUCAACAACAACACGUACGCCGACAGCUUUUAGAAGAUCAACAAGCUCUACUAAAUCAAGUGUUAUACCCAAGACUGAAGAAUCAAAAGAAGAAGCAACAUCAACCACACCAAAAUAUGCGUUUCAUGACGCGCCAAAAGAUUUAAUUAUUGAUAAUUCAAACUCAAAUCAGAUAAAUUGGUCAGAUUCAUUUCAUGGUUUAGGUUCACAACCAUUUUCAAAAGAAAUUUGUGAUGUUUUAUUAAAUGAAAUUGAUGAAAAAGAUGUUGAAUGUAAACCAGAUGGUUUAAUAUAUUUACCUGAAAUUAAAUAUAGAAGAAUAUUAAAUAAAGCAUUUGGUCCUGGUGGUUGGGGAUUAGUUCCAAGAACAGAAAGUUAUAUAACAAAUUCACAAAUUAGUAGAGAAUAUGGUUUAAUAUGUCAUGGUAGAUUAGUUUCAAUAGCAAGAGGUGAACAAGAUUUCUUUGGUGGUGAAGAAAAAAUUACUACUGCAUUAGAAGGUUGUAAAAGUAAUGCAUUAAUGAGAUGUUGUAAAGAUUUAGGAAUUGCAAGUGAAUUAUGGGAUCCAACAUUUAUUAGAAGCUUUAAAACUAGAAAUUGUGAAGAAUAUUUUGCACAACAUGCAACAACUGGUGCAAAGAAGAAAUUUUGGAGAUUAAAAUCAAAUAAGAAAAUUGACUAUCCAUGGAAAGAAAUAAAGAAAUAA